UCUCGUGAUGUUGUUGUCGUCUGCGAGGCAUGGCGAGGGGAAAUGGCGCGUGCAUGAAGAAAAAUCGAUUUGCCGGCCACAUCAUCAAAAGAAAAACGAUCCCCUUAACCUCCAGAGCGUCUUCCACAGUUCUGAAGAGUGCGGGGUGGGUGGAGGGAGAAUCGGCGGAGGGUCGCCGGACUUGCAAGCCCCCCAGCACGGUACAAGCAAAGACAGGCCGGCGUCCUUGCUGCCAUCGCUGUAGCGUCUGGUGCCAAAGCCGGAUUGGAUUUUUUUAAGCCAUGUGAUCGACUUAAUAAAAGCGGUGCACCUAUUUGCACUACAUAUAGUGAAACAGAAGCCAACGUUUGUUCGAGAAAAUGCCAGCGGCCGUUGGAGGUCCUGUUGGCUACACACCCCCUGAGGGUGGCUGGGGCUGGAUGGUGGUGGCCGGGGCCUUCAUCUCUAUUGGAUUCUCCUAUGCGUUCCCUAAGUCUAUCACAGUCUUCUUCAAAGAGAUUGAGGUGAUCUUCAACGUGACCAGCAGCCAGGUCUCCUGGAUCUCCUCGAUCAUGUUAGCGGUCACGUACGGCGGAGGUCCUAUCAGCAGUAUCCUGGUGAACAAAUAUGGGAGUCGUCCUGUUAUGAUGCUGGGGGGAUGUCUGUCUGGUCUCGGCCUCAUUGCUGCCUCCUUCUGCAAUUCUGUCCAAGCCCUGUACUUCUGUAUUGGUGUUGUGGGAGGAUUGGGAUUGUCCUUCAAUCUCAACCCCGCCCUCACCAUGAUUGGGAAAUACUUCUACAACAGGCGCCCCAUCGCCAAUGGCAUUGCCAUGGCUGGUAGUCCAGUCUUUCUCUCCACACUGGCCCCUCUCAACACGUGGUUCUAUGACCGCUUUGGCUGGAGAGGAAGCUUCCUCAUUCUCGGUGGCCUGCUGCUUAACUGUUGUGUUGCUGGUUCUCUCAUGAGACCUAUCGGACCAAAGCCCAAACCCGCAGAGAAGACAGUGGGGAGGAGGGGCUUUUCACAGAUCAUUAACAGCUUCAUUGACCUGUCGUUGUUCAAGCACCGUGGCUUCCUGCUUUACAUUUCAGGCAAUAUUAUCAUGUUCUUCGGCCUUUUUGCACCGUUGGUGUUCCUUAGUAACUACGCAAAGAGUAAAGAGAUCCCUAAAGAGAAAGCAGCGUUCCUGCUGUCAGUGCUGGCCUUUGUAGACAUGGUCGCCCGGCCCUCCAUGGGCAUUGUGGCCAACACUAAGUGGGUUCGGCCCAGGAUUCAGUACUUCUUUGCCGCUUCUGUGCUGUACAACGGUGUCUGCCAUGUCCUGGCCCCCGUGUCGGUCGACUACAAAGGCUUUGUGAUUUAUGCCAUUUUCUUCGGCUUUGCUUUCGGCUGGCUGAGCUCGGUAUUGUUCGAGACCUUGAUGGACCUGGUGGGAGCCCAACGCUUCUCCAGUGCCGUUGGCCUCGUCACUAUCAUUGAGUGUGGACCUGUGUUGCUGGGGCCCCCUUUGCUAGGCAAGUUCAAGGACAUCUAUCAUGACUACAAAUACACGUACCAGGGCUGCGGGAUCCUCCUUAUUGUCUCCAGUUUUUUACUCUUCAUGGGGAUGGGGCUCAACUAUCGGCUGCUGAGGAAAGAGAAAAAAGAGGAGGAGCGCAUGGCCAGAGUGGGAGAGCAAAAAUCCUACAGGGACAAUGCUGCCAAGGUGGUAGAGGCUAGGAACACAGAUACCGUUUAAGUCUUUUGUUCACUUUUAAAUUGGAAAAAAAUGCCUCAUUUAGGAAACAUUUCUGCACUGUUAUUUCGACCACAGUUUUAUAUUGUACCCUCACAUGCACUUAAAUGUAAAAUAUGUAUACUCAAUGUUGAAUGAAUAAUCAUCUUAACUUUGCAAUAGCUUUAACACAUUAAUGGCUAAUUUCCUUCUAUUUUUAUUUGGACAUAGAAUCAAUAGAUGCAAUUAUAUUGUUUUCUCCCCCUGAUAUAUCUGCUAAUUAAACGUAGUCAUGCAGAGUGUGUGCAGUGCAGAACUUUAAUUCCUUAAAGACUGCAUACAAUCUCUGUAAAAGUGUUAGUAAUUAGUUCUUGUUUUGUCUGCGGCACCAUCUAUCAAGCUGCUGAAUUAGUCAUUGCUGAAAGUAUUAUUUCACAAAAUUUCUAUACGAGGGAGUGGAGGCCUCAAUGCAACAUUUAUGUGUUCUUGCUAAUGGGAACUAUAUUGACUCUGAGUUACUCUGUACAAUCAAACACCUCCCAAAGUCAUAUUGAGCUCUCAAGAAUAUAAACAAAUGUUUUCCUCUGUUUGUUUACGCACAUGUAUUUCUGAUAUUGUCAGAUAACAUAAUGCACUAAUGUUGUUUAAAUUGUACAUGUACAGGGCCUUGGUUGGCCCUGCAUUUCUUUU